AUGGCUUCGGCACACUGCCUCUCCUCCCAUUACGGCCUUCCGAGGCACAGUGGGCAGGGGCGGCUCCCGCGGAAUGGGCCCUCCCUCUCGCUUCUCCGGCAAGGGCCGUUCUCCCAUCACUGGAACCAGACGGGGAGGAGGACGGCGUGCCGGAGAAUUUUUGCCUCGGAGAACGCUUCCGGCAGGAAGCAGGUCGAGGUAUGGCGUCCUCCGUGCGGUUUGCCGUUCUGAUUUUUUAAAUUCUCUCUAGUUGAUGCACGGUAUCGGUGUGUUCUCUUUCUAGAUCGUGUACGACCCAGAGGAUAAGAUGAACAGGUGGGUGGAUGAAGCUGGCAGGAACACUGGCCUGUCGCGGUUGACGCUCUUCUCCCCCUGCAAGGUAUCGGUCAGGUCUGAAGUUGGGGCUUCAGAUUUUCUCUUGCGUUCCGUUGGAGCAUAAUCCUGGUGGGCCUCGUGGUUUUCCAGGUCAACAUCUUCUUGAGGAUAACCGGAAGAAGAGAAGAUGGGUACCACGAUUUAGCGUCUUUAUUUCAUGUGAGUAAUUUCUGUCAGAUGUUUGCGGCCCCAUUCGAUUGAUAUGGGUGUAGUUCGAGUGCUGAUUCAGUAGUGAGAGCGAGGAUGCUGACCUCAGUUGCUGCCUUUCAUGCUAUUGCAAUCAUAUCUUGUGUUUUCCUGAAUCUGAUCCAAUAUCAGCACAUAUAAUUCCGCAAAGGCCAUUUUUUUAAAAAAAAGAACAAAAGAGGGAAAAUACUUCCACAUAUUUGCUCAUUUUCUAAUAAUUCUUAGUUUUUUCUCCCUCAAUCUCACGAUUGAUGGAUGCUGCUGAUCCCCUGAUUUACUCCUCAGGUGAUUAGUCUGGGGGAUACCUUAAAGUUUUCCCUGUCACCAACUAAAAGGAAAGAUCAUUUGUCAACCAAUGUGCCAGGAGUGCCUAUUGAUGAGAGAAAUUUGGUACAAUAUGACCACUCUGUGUAUUCUUUGUGUACUCUAAUGAUUAUUCGUUAUUUAUCUAAAGUAACUAACACUUUAUUUUACUUUUUUCAGAUUAUUAAGGCCCUGAAUCUUUACAGAAAGAAAACCGGCAGCGAUAACUUCUUCUGGGUACGCACGAGCUCGAUAGGAUCACCCUCAACUCCGUAGAUGUACCCAUUUUCCGUUUAUCUGGGUCUUCACACGCAGUGCUUUACCAUGAUGACCAUGGCCGCAGAUCCAUCUAGACAAGAAGGUGCCCACUGGCGCUGGGCUAGGGGGUGGAAGUAGCAAUGCCGCCACUGCAUUGUGGGCUGCGAACCAGUUCAGUGGCUGCCUCGCAACAGAGCAGGAGCUGCAAGAAUGGUCGGGCGAGAUCGGCUCAGAUGUCCCCUUCUUUUUCUCUCAUGGGGCUGCAUAUUGCACUGGCAGAGGUGAGGUAUGUGUGUCUGUCUGAAUAUCUUCAAAACUAAACGCAUAGGGUUCUUGAUUGCCAUUCUUGCUGAAUCACACAGCCAAACGAUCACCGGCCCACAGUCGUUAGAAUCUAAAGAGUGAAGAGAGACAGACCCUGUUUUCUUCCUUUUCCCUGUCCUGGGUUUGAUCUUAUCGGCCAUAAUUGGGUGAGAUAUGACGUUCAUGGAUGAUCCCCACAGAUGGUGUGGGGCAUGCGCAAGUCGGUGGAAGUAUCGGUGGAGCAAAGCCAGAUUCGUUUCAUUUCUCUCUUAGCUGGUCAUUAAAAAUUCGUGAGCUUAGAAGCCCUAUGGAUUCCUGCUUUUGGCAGCAGAGGAUAAACAUAGUUCCUAUAAAACCAGUAAAAUAAACAGACCAUAAAUAUGUAUGUAUAUGUAUAUAUAUAGAUAUCUUUAUAUAUUUUAUCUGCAAUUAGAUUGCGCUUGCUAGAAUUUGGUGACACUGUUUUACAACAUUGUGCAUAGAGCACCACUGAUUAUUAAAACAAUGGAUAAGUCAACGAGCAGACUGGCUGACGAAUCUUGGCCAUUUCUGGGACAAAUCCAAACUACAAAGUCAGAUUUGGUUCCCUCCCCUCUCAAAAUGGGCUGUUUUUAUCUGAGACCUCUCGGAUUAUUGCUGCUAUUUUUUCCCAAGGAGAUAGAAGCAUGCCUGCUUUAGAGCACCGGGGCCUCAUCCAGUGCAUUGGUGUUCUCACAGCAUUUUAUCUUUCCGGGGGAUCUGAUCCCCUCUCCAUUAUCUCAGGUUGUCGGGGAUAUCCCCUCUCCGCUGCCACUGGAUCUGCCAAUGGUCCUCAUAAAGCCGAAAGAGGCGUGCCCAACGGCUGAAGUGUACAAGGCAAUGAACCAAAUCCUCCCCCCCCCCCUCCCCCCUUCUCUUUCUCUCUCUCCCUAAGUCAAAUGAUUUCAUGUGCAUUCCCUUGUGAUUGGCUCCUCUGAAGUUGGGUCUUGUCAGUGCAGAGACUACGGCUGGAGCAAACCAGCAGAGUUGACCCGUCAUCCCUGCUGGCGAGGAUCUCCACUCAGGGCAUUUCCCAGGAUGCCUGUGUGAAUGACUUGGGUACCCCUCUCCUCACAUCCUUCCUUUUUAGGCAAAGUUCCUAUCCACCGAGAGUCUUUAUUCUCCAAAAGAAGCCUUGUUGCCACCUUCACCUGCUCACCAACAGUCAUUCCUGGAAUCAAUCGGCAGCAUUCAUCAAUGGGGUUCGCCCCCAAGCCCAGCCCCCUCAGUUUAUGCCACUUUUAUGGUCUGCAUUCUAUCUGCAGGCUUUCGCAGCUUCACAGUGCAACUCUGCAUGUUCGACCCGCCUACGCAUGCAUGCAUGCGCCUGGCUUAACCUUCCCACAUAUAUUCACUUGUUACCUAACAAUUUCUCCAUACAUGCCCAUGCCCACGUGGGUUCAUCUCAUGACCUCCCCACGGUCUUACGGAUGGAUGCAUUGCGUUGUCUCUUCGUGUAAAUUUCCAUGUGCCUCGUGAAUGAUCUUUCCGUUUAUAUGCAUAUGCUCGAUGUACGUGUUUGCGUGAUUCUGCCGCUCGUACUCCGUCGGGGUUUUGUUCCUCAGAGGCUCCGGCUUUCGAGGUCCUCCCGUCGCUGAAAAGACUGAAGCAGCGGAUUCUCGCCGCCGGUCGUGGGGAGUACGACGCCGUCUUCAUGUCCGGGAGGUAAGACCGUGCGGAGAUGGACCAUCUGGUUUCCCUCAUCAGGGCCAUCCCGUUAAUGCGUGUUUGCCAUCUUCCCCACCCUUUGACUUUGAUCCCAACGGUUGACCACUGUUUGACUUGAUCCACCACAGCGGGAGCACGCUGGUGGGGAUCGGGUCGCCGGAUCCUCCUCAGUUCAUCUACGACGAUGAAGACUACAAGGACGUCUUCAUCACAGGUACCCCCGCCGCCAAGAAAAUGAUCGUUAUGCUCAGCAUGAUCAUGAUCAUGAUCACGCCCGUGAUCGCCUUCUGACUUACUGCAGAGGCCCGGUUCCUCACGAGAGCAAGCGGCGAUUGGUAUUCUUCGACGGCAGCAGUGGCAGCGCCGACCUCUUCCUAUGGCAAAGAAGACCUUCUAGGAGGGUUGCCCUGA